AGACCGAGCUGACGGCAGAAUUGCUGAACGCCCGAAACAAACACCCGAAACUAGACUGAGUCCCGCUUCCGCUCCUCACAGCGCACACAUCACUCCAGCUGCAGACACACACACGCGUGUGUGUGCUCGAUACACUCUCAUUUCACUCAGUCCAGUGUGCUGUAGAAGUAAACAGGUAUUACUGAUGAAGUCUGAUCCACAGGCCUCGGGCCGUACCAUUAUCCGCGGGAAGAGGGGGGGGGGGUGAUCUCAUUAAACCACACUGAUGAUCACUAGUGACGGUGUUACCGUGUCGCUCUCUUCACUGCAGUCGUGUAACACAGGUGUGCUGUGUAGCAGUGAGGGUCAGUCGGUUGUUGUUGGUGUUGUCGGUAGGAAUCACCCACCCCCCCUCGUCGGUUUGGUCGGGUCUUGAAUCCGUGAUUACUGCUCGACUGCGGUUCCUGAGAACAGCGAGAGAACCUGACAGCGUCGUGGAUCGGUUUCACGCGUUUAUUUUGCUCCGUAACUGCAGCCGUUUCGUUUAUUCGGUGAACGGUAUUGUCGUGUCAGCCGGAAUCACCGGACGAGAUCGAGAUCCUCUCUGUCACGAGCAGACUCUGAUCUGUUUCGGCCGCUGGUGUCAGAUUCGACAUGAUCGCACGCGCUCGGCCUUCGUGACGUCACGCGGACUCGCUGUACAGAUGUGCGGUUCUCGCGUCCGUUAGUUCGACGCUCCGCGGGUUCGGUGUCAGGGUUCGGUCGCUCAGAGGCGGCAUGGACCUGAACUUUUACUCGGAUCUAUCGGACGGAACCGGGCCGCCCGGUGACCCGGAGCUCUUGGAUCCACAAGCGUUUAACGGAUUCGAGAAGUUCCCGGGAGGAAGUGACACAUACCUGGCCAUCGGCGGCGAGGCGCAUCACUUCCUGUCCUCCUCAGAGGUGCGGCUGUCGUCCUCGUUCCCCGCCGAGACGUUUCACACUCCCAGUCUGGGCGAUGAGGAUCUGGAUCUGGACCCGGACUCGGCGCUGGGCGUCUCUGACGUGGUGUCUGACUUCGGAGAGCUGGGCGACGGCGGGCCGUCUGGUGUUCCUGGGAACGCUGUGGUGGGAGGAAACGAUCCGUCGUUCGCCUCGACCUUCGUCAGCACACCGUCACAGAGUCUGGUUCAGCUGAGUCUGAUGAGCCAACAGAGCGGAGGAGCCAUGCUGGAGUCUGCACUGGGGAUGGAUCUCGCUCAUCCUAUUGGCUCUCAGUUCAGCAGCUCUUCUCCAAUGACCAUCGACGUCCCUCUGAGUGACAUCAACCACGGCCUGCUGGGCCACACCCAGCUGACCACCAUCGACCAAUCAGAGCUCAGCGCUCAGCUGGGCCUCAGUCUGGGCGGCGGCACAAUCCUGCCCCGCCCACAAUCACCUGACCAGCCGCUGUCUGCUGAUUCGCUGUCUGACUCGCUGCACGACGACGACAUGGACGACUUCAGACGGAAGAGUGUCCUGGUGGACUCCCCGGUAUCUCUGUCCGUGUCGUCUGCCGUCAUCUCCCUCUCGCCGUCUCUGUCGGAGCAGCCGGCCGUCCCGGCGUCCUCCUCUGCUCCCGGACGGAAGGGAGUUGGCGGGAAAAAGGGCAAGAAGAAGAAAGACCCGAACGAGCCACAGAAACCCGUGUCGGCUUACGCUCUCUUCUUCAGGGACACGCAGGCCGCCAUCAAGGGCCAGAACCCCAGUGCCACCUUCGGAGAGGUGUCCAAGAUCGUGGCCUCCAUGUGGGACAGUCUGGGAGAGGAGCAGAAACAGGUCUACAAGAGGAAGACCGAAGCUGCCAAGAAGGAGUAUCUGAAGGCCCUGGCAGCUUACAAAGCCAAUCAGCUGUCACAGCAGGCGACUAUAGAGGUGUUAGAGGCUCCUGUGUCUCCUGCUGCCGUUGUGGCUCCGCCUCCUGAGCCCGCUCCGACCGUUACCCCGCCGCGCUCCUCCCGCAUCCCGCUGCACGCGCCCGACAACAACACCAUCACCAACAUCUGCACCUCCAACAUCAUCCUGGACCUGCCGCAGGUGACCACGCGCUCACGCACAGGUGCGCACAAACCACAGGCCCCGCCCCCCGUCAACAAGAUCAUCAUUCCCAAGCAGCUGCUGCAGUCUCCACGGCAACCCCCGCCGCUGCAGCAGAUGCAGGCCACGCCCCCUCCCCCGCGCCUGCAGCAGAUGGUGCACUCCCAGGCUCCGCCCCCUCUGCAGGCCAAACCGCGUGGAGCCGCCGCCGUGGGGCAGGUGGUUACCAUGGCGCCACCGCCCCUGCAGAUCAAGAUCGUCCCGGCGCCCUCGCCGAUCGUCAUGACGACCGCAGCCUCAUCUGUGGGGGAGGUGCCGCCGCCCGCUGCCAUAGUAACAGACCUGUCGCCAUCGGCGACCGAGGAGGUGGCUGAAGAAGGGAUGGAGGUGGAGCUGAACGUGUCUCCGGCUCCAGACGCUCGUCCUGCAGACGCUCCGAGUGUGUGUGUCCGCGCCGGCUGCAACAACCCACCGAUCGAGAGCAAAGACUGGGACCGAGAGUACUGCAGCAACGAGUGUGUGGCCACUCACUGCAGGGAUGUGUUCAUGGCCUGGUGUGCCAUCAGAGGACAGAACUCAGCCACCGUCACAUAGAAACACAGACGAGACGGACAGACGUGUGUGUGUGUGUGUAGCAUGGAGCUCUGGCUGAAUAAGAACAGCAGAAAACCCAUCGAAGACUCGACGUCAAACCGUUAACUGCAUCUUCUCAUGUACAGACUCAUUCAGAGGAAAGCAGCGGAAAUCUUUAAGAAUAAUAAUCAAAAAAGUGUAUUCAGGAUGAAAAAGUGAGUAUUUAAACAGAUUCCUGUCAUGUAACUGUACAUGACUGUGGUAUUUGGUGCAAAAGUGCAGGAUGGAGGCCAUUUUUACCAGGUGUGUGUGUUCUCGUGUGUGAAAACACAGUCCAGAAACACGUUUAACACAAGUAUG